AUGGUAUAUUUUAACACAUAUGGGGUGAACAAUACCGGAAGAAAUGGAGAGAGCAAAACCGGAGAAAUCACCACCGGAGAAAUGGAGAGAGGACCGCCGGAGUGUACCUCUUCGUCAGACUUGGCUUCCUCGUCGGAGAAGAUGGGGGCCUGCGACUGGAUGGCAGACGACGACCACAAGAGAUCUGAGCGAAAAAUGGGAUAUGAUCGACAAAGGGGAUCUGAUCGAGGCUUGUGA